AUGGUCAGGAAACUCAAGCAUCACGAGCAGAAGCUCCUGCGCAAAGUCGACUUUAUCUCGUACAAGCAAGACGGCGACCAUCGUGAUAAGGCUGUAAUUAGACGGUAUAUGAUCCAGAAGCCGGAAGACUAUGCAAAAUACAAUCGUAUCUGCGGCUCUCUGCGACAACUUGCCCACCGACUCUCUCUUCUGCCCCCAGACAAUGCGGUCCGCCGAAAGCACGAGGAACUUCUCCUAAACAAACUAUAUGACAUGGGGAUUCUCUCAUCAGCAUCAAAGCUCAGCGCUGUAGAACACGGCGCAACAGUCAGUGCCUUUGCCCGCCGGCGGUUACCCGUGGUCAUGACGAGAUUGCGGAUGGCAGAGACGGUGCAGGCGGCGACGAAGAUGGUCGAGCAAGGCCAUGUGAGAGUUGGGACUGAGACGGUCACGGAUCCUGCGUACCUGGUCACGCGAACGACAGAGGAUUUCGUCACUUGGUCAGUGGGCAGCAAGAUCAAGAGGAACAUUAUGAAGUACAGAGAUCAGCUCGACGACUUUGAGCUGCUGUAA